AUGGCGCCCGCGCCCGGCCGGCCGAGCCACGCCAAGGUGGACAACACGGCGAUCUUCAUGAAGACGUUCGAGGCCAUCUUGCAGAGCAAAGAGGCGCACAAAAACGCCCUGUUGAAGACGGCUACGCAGAAGGCCAUCGACUCGCUCAACAACUCCGCGUCCCGCGACCCGCACGUGCUUUUCGAGGCGUUGAAGUUGGCGUGCGAGACGCCGAACACGGAGUUGAAAUGCAAGGCCGUGGACCUCUUUGCCAAGUUGUUCGACUAUGCGCUGUUCGACGACGAGGCGGACCGCACGCGCUUGACGGACGCGUCGGUGGACGUGAUCUCGGCGUGCUUCGAGGGUGAGGGCACGGACCCGGACUUGGAGUUGCAGGUGGUGCGGGCCCUCAUCCACAGCAUCAUCCUCAUGCCCACGCACGGCGCGUCGCUCUUGAAGGCCGUGCGCCAGAUCUACAACGUGUUCAUCUUCUCGUUGACCCCCCGCAACCAGGCCGUGGCACAGGGCACGUUGACGCAGGUGAUCGCCACGAUCUUCCAGCGCGUGGGCGAGGCCGUCUCCAGCGCCAAGUCCCGCGCGUCUCGCCUGAGCUCGUACGUGAAUAUCCACGUGGGCGCCGUGGCGGAGCCGGCGGAGCACGCGGAGAACGGCGCGGGCAAAAUGACGCUUGAGCAGUUGCAGAACCUCUCCGGCGACUCGGCCGACCUGGCGCGGGUCAGCGAGGCCAACCGCGCGUCGGAAAAGGACGAGGACCUAGUGGUGAAGGACGCGUUCUUGAUUUUCCGCGCCAUGUGCAAGCUCUCCGUGAAAGACUUGGAGGCUGACAGCGUGGACAUGAGGUCGCACUCCGUGCGCUCGAAGCUCCUUUCGUUGCACAUCAUCCACACCAUCUUGCGCAACAACAUCGACAUUUUCUUGAGCAAGGACGUGGUGAUCCUCUCCUCGAGCACGGACGAGCAGACGCGCUUGAUCGACGCCGUGAGAAGCUACUUGUGCCAGGCCCUCAUACGGAACGCGGCCUCGCCGUUGGCCCCGGUCUUCGAGUUGACCCUCGAGACCUUCUGGCUCUUGAUCGCCAACUUGCGGUCCGACUUCAAAAUGGAGAUUCCUGUCUUGUGGGAGCAGAUAUACUUCCCGGUGUCGGAGAUGAAAACCUCCACGCCGCACCAGAAAAGGUACUUGCUCUCAGUCAUCGAGCGUCUCUGUAACGACUCCAGAUGCAUCAUCGAGUUCUACUUGAACUACGACUGCGACAGCUCCCAGCCAAACAUCUGCGAGAUCAUCAUUGAUUACUUGACGAAGCUCGCCUUGUCGCGUGUCGAGGUGUCCUUGGCCCAGAAAGACGCCUUUGAGGAGAACAAGAGAGCAGGCAUUGCGCUCUACGAAGUCAGCAAAAUCGACAACUUGACCACGGCCACCAUGUCUUCAAAGCCACCGGAACCCGACGUCUACAACUUGUUCCCUUUGGAGUACUCCAUGAAAAUAACCUCCUUGAGUUGCUCGGUGGCUUUCUUGAGAUCGCUCCAUUCGUGGGCCCAAAAAGGAUUCGUGUCCCCGCAAAAAUUGGCAAACGCAUUCCCCAAGUUGACUCUCGAGGGUUCUCCUAUUUCGUCCCACAGCAAUUCCCGCAACCCUUCUUUCAUCGGAAAUCAGCAGCCUGCCGCCGAAAGCGAGAGAGACGAUCCAGAGCAGUUCGAGACUCAGAAACAGAGAAAAAGAGCUUUGGUCGAAGGAUGCAGACAGUUUAGUCAAAAGCCAAAAAAGGGUGUUGCCUACUUCAUCGAAAACGGCUUCAUCAAAUCAGACUCGCCGGAAGAUAUUGCGUUGUUUUUGUUGAACACCGAGUCUUUGGAUAAAGCCGCAUUGGGGGAUUACUUGGGUGACGGAAGUGAUAAGAACGUUGCGAUCAUGCAUGCUUUUGUCGACCAAAUGAACUUCCAAGACAACUCCUUUGUUGAUUCUUUGAGAACAUUCUUGCAGCUGUUCAGACUACCAGGAGAGGGUCAGAAGAUCGAUAGAUUCAUGUUGAAAUUUGCAGAGAGGUAUGUGCUAGGAAACCCACGAGUUUUUUCCAAUGCCGACGCCGCAUAUGUCUUGGCUUAUUCAACUGUCAUGCUUAACACAGAUCAACAUUCAAAGCAAGUGAAAAACAGAAUGACAGUUGAAAAUUUCAUCAUGAACAAUUCUGGAAUCGACGAUGGCAAAGAUCUCCCAAGACAAUUUCUUGAACAAGUUUUUUCGGAAAUUCAGGGUAACGAAAUCAAGUUACAGUCAGAGCAUCACGCUGCUUUGCUAGCCGGCGACCAAACUUUGGCUGCGACGCAACAAUCUGGCUUUUUCGGAUCCAGAGACUUGAAUCGCGAGGCUUACAUUCACGCCUCAAAGGAAAUGUCCACAAAGACCGAAAAGCUAUUCAAAACUUUGGGCAAGAAAUCGCGAUCAGAAGAUUCCCCAAACCAGGUUUAUUAUGCAGCUUCCAAUGUGCAGCACGUCAGAUCGAUCUUUGACACCACUUGGAUGUCUAUUUUGGCCGGCUUGACUGGGCCUUUCAAAGAGUAUGACGAACCAAGUGUCAUCAAGAUCUGUUUAGAGGGUAUCAAGCUUUCAAUCAAAAUUUCUUGUUUGUUCGAUUUGGAAUACGCCAAACAGUCUUUCAUUGGUGCUUUGGUCCAAUUCCAAAAUCUUAACAACAUUGAAGAUAUCAGAUCGAAAAAUGUGGAUGCAAUGCACGUCAUGUUGGAAAUCGCAGUCAGCGAGGGAAACUAUCUUCAUAAGUCAUGGACAGCCGUUUUGACUUCGAUUUCGCAACUUGAGAGGCUCCAAUUGAUUGCGAAGGGGAUUGAUAGAGAUUCGAUACCUGAUGUAAGUUCCAUUAAACUCGUCAACAGAAAUUCUAUUGAAAGCACGUCUUCCCAGCCAUCUGGAUUUUUCAGCCUGUUCACUAGGGAGACUUCGGCAUCCCAGUCCGCCUCCAUUAAAUAUCACAACCAACAGCUCUCGGCCGAAUCUGCCCAGUUACUCUUCAGAACAGAAUUGAGCGUUGCCAUCGACAAGGUAUUCACGAACAGCUCUGAAUUAUCUGGUGAAGCCAUUAAAGAUUUUGUGGAAGCUUUGAGUCAGGUUGCCACCGAGGAGAUCGACUCAUCCGGACAAUCAAGCAACCCCAGAAUGUUUUCUUUGCAAAAGGUUGUUGAUAUUUGCUACUACAAUAUGAGUAGAAUUCGUUUGGAAUGGUCGCAAUUGUGGGUCAUCUUGGGUGAUGUAUUCAACAGAGUUGGAUGUAAUCCCAAUUUGGCUGUUGAUUUUUUUGCUUUGGAUUCAUUGAGACAGCUUUCCAUGCGCUUCAUGGACAUUGAGGAACUAGCACAGUUUAAGUUUCAGAAAGAAUUUUUGAAACCGUUUCAGUAUAUCAUACUGCACAAUAAUUCAUUUGAAGUGAAAGACAUGGUCUUGGAGUGCGUGAACAAUAUGGUUUUGGCAAAGGCAAAUAAAAUAAAAUCUGGUUGGAAGACAAUCUUUGAAGUUUUGACUGUGGCUGCGAAAGAUAAGAAGGAUGCUCUCGUUACAAAAGCCUAUAAAUUGGCGUUUACAAUCAACAAGGACUUCAGCGACGAAGUGAUCAAACAAGAUUCGUUUGCAGAUUUGGUUACAUGCUUCACAGAAUUUGCGAAGAAUGAGCAAUUGCAAAAGGUUGGCCUAUUAUCUUUGGAGGUACUAUCGAGAUUAAUCGUACGGGUGGCGAAAACUUCAAUCGAGCUUAGCAGCAAAGAUACUAUUUCAGCUACAAGGGAUUUUGCAAGUGAGAAAUACGAGAAUCUCAUGAAGUUGUGGUUCCCUCUAUUGUAUGGUUUCUACGACAUCAUCAUGAGCGGCGAAGAACUUGAAGUGCGUUCUCGUACCUUGACUCACUUCUUUGACGUUCUUCUUAAAUACGGAGACCAUUUCGAGACCGAUUUCUGGGACUUGAUUUAUCAAAAGCUCUUGGCCCCCAUUUUUGGCGUUAUUGCCUGCCCCUGGGGUUUGAGAUAUGAUGAUGAUGGUGCUUCAGCACAGUAUGGGGUGAAUAUGGCCGACAAUGACAAGAUGUCAUUCUGGGUUUCCACAACUUUCAUUCAAGCCUUGAAUGGCAUGGUCUCUCUCUUCUCGCACUAUUUUGAUGCUCUUACUCCCAGAUUCGACGACUUGCUUAACUUGUUGGUUAGUUGCAUUUGUCAAGAAAACGACACAAUUGCUAGAACAGGAAAAUCGUGCUUUGAAGAGUUCUUGGUACAGAAUUGCGACAAGUUCCUGAAAGGACAAUGGGAUGCCAUUCUCAAAACCUUUUCUCUGUUGUUUGAUCUCACGACAGCCAAAGAGUUAUUUACUUUGGAUCCAUUGAGAGAAGAUGAAGAAAACUCUGACGUGAAUUCUUUGGAUAUCAAUGACUCGGAAGAUAUGCACACGAAAGACACAGAGGAAGUUUCGGGAGAUAAGUCUUCCAUUGUCAUCAAGUGCGUGCUACAAUUAUUGAUGAUAGAACUAGUUCUGGAGCUUGCAGUGAAGGACGAGUUUUACGAGGCCGUUCCGGACGAACAUCUCACGGAAAUCUGUCAGCUUCUUUACAAGAGUUUCGACUUUGCCAAACGUUUCAAUGACGACUACGAUUUAAGAGUCCGUUUGUGGAAUGCAGGGGUGAUCGAGAGGCUUCCAAACUUGUUGAAACAAGAAAGCAUGUCUGCGGCCGUCUUCUUGAAUGUAAUGUUCAGACUUUACUGUGACGACAAAAAAGCCACGAGUCAGGAAAGCAAAGAGACCAUCGUGACGUCGGUAGUGCCUUUGUCUUACUCUAUUGUGGAACGAUUCUGUGAGCUCGACGAAAGCAAUCAACUGAAGAGCAUUGCUACGUGGAGACCAGUCAUCACGGAGAUUUUCGAAGGCUUCGUGGAAAUGGACGAUGAUGAUUUCGCCAACCACUCUCCUGACUUGUUUAAACUUACAAUCACCCUAUUUGGGCGGGCUACGGGUGGUGAUUUGCGGAGAGCCCUUCAGAUGUUCUUGGCCCGGGUGGGGAGCGUUUUUGUGAAGAAACCACAGUCGGUGUAG